GGAGAAGUUAAGCACGACGUUCCCACUCGUGAUCUAGUGCAAAUGCACAACCGAGUGCCUUCAGCUAAGUGAGUCUAUUAAGACUAAUGUAAUCAACAUCAAGUGUCUGGGACUUACAAAACUGUUUAUUUCGCGUGUUUAUUUACCGUUCCUCCUCCUUUACGCUUCUGGAUUCGGUCGGCUCUUAGUAAUUUGAAACUUUCACUGACGCUGGCUUGUAUGCUAUAGUUUUUAGAUCUCUUGUGCUUCCAAAUAAACACCGAUAACUUGUGUUACGUAAAGUUGUCUUGAUUUGACCGCUUUUUGGAAAAACUUACGGGUUGUCGAGGUGAUGCACUAAUCGCUUUACGACGGUUUGACCUUUAAAUGCUCAGUAACCUUCAACAAUGGAUGAAGUCACUGGGUGGUUGCCAAAGUCAUCUGAUCGUGAGUCUAGGCUAAAAGCCAUUAAGUCGGCUAUCGGGAUUAUACCAGAUUUCCCAAAACAAGGCAUUAUUUUCUGGGACUUUUUUAGCGUUUUUAGAGACCCUGUUUUAACCCAAUAUCUAUUGGAUGAAUUAUAUUAUGUGGCUACAUCCGAGAUAGAGCGUAAAUUUGCAAAAAUUAACGUUGUUGUGGGUCUCGAGUCACGUGGUUUUCUACUUGGACCAGCACUUGCCCUUCGUCUGAACUGCUCUUUCGUCCCUAUUCGAAAAGCAGGAAAACUUCCAGGUCCUUGUUUCUCUUAUAACUACGAAUUGGAAUAUGGGAAUAGUGUUGUAGAAAUUCAAAAGGAUGUUCUCAAACCUGAUGAUAAUGUAGUCCUUUUUGAUGAUGUUUUGGCCACUGGUGGGAGUCUUGAAGCUGGUAUAAAAUUGGUAAACUUAUCUGGAGCUAGAAUCCUAUCCAGUUUGUUGUUUAUGGAGCUGAAAGGUUUGGGUGCACGUAAAAGGAUAGAAGAUCUUGGCGUACCUGUUCACACACUCUUUCAAGCUUGAACACUACUUCUGUAAAAAAUAUUCUCUUUUAAUUCUUGCUUUUCUAUUAUUUAAUGUUGUUUAUUUUUCCAACUGACCUCAGGUACUGAUAUUGCAUUGCAUACGAGUAUUGUAAAUGAUUUUAAAGUUAUACUAUCUGAUAUUGUCACAGUCCAACCGGUCUUGUUAUUAUCUAGUUUCAUUAGAGCGUAGUUUCGGUGUGAUCUGGUGCCUUGACUCAUUGUUGUGAGUACAGCACUGAGUAUAAGUUAUUGUCUUCGCAAGAUGCUUAUGGAUGUAUUUCAGAUGGUUGUUCUGUUUCGAGACAUUAAUUCUGACUAUAUACAUGUUUAUUACAGACCAGACAUGUUUGCUUCUUGUUUAAGUAGCUUCACAAGUCUCCAGUAUGAGGGUUGGUUGGUGUUAACAGGGGCUGUCAUUGCAUCAGAUUAACUGUAAGGGUUUGUGUGGUCGUGAAGAUAGGCACAAAUGUUUGGUGUUCUUGCGUGGGAAGCUUGUGUUAAUUUGGUAAACCUAUCUGGAGCUAAGGUUUUAUUCAGCUUGUUGUACAUGGAACUGAAGAAUCUGCCUGGACGUAAAAAACUAGAAGAUCUUGGCGUUCCUGUUUAUUCACUUUUCCAAGUUUGAACAUGCUGUCUUGUGUGGAAAUGCCUUAUUCUCUCAUACUUCGUUCCAUUUUUAUUACUUGACAUUAGUUAUUUUUCCUGCAUAUCUGAGAUACCGAAAUGCUUUUUAUAUAUUGAAUCAUAACGUGUUAUUGUUGGUUGUGUAAUGUGUCUCUUAAGCAAUUGAGUUCACUUCUGUAUGUAGUUGCUUAUCUUAACUAAUUUCCCCAUUAUUUUGAUUUCAACUGUUCGGUGACUUUGCUUGUAUUAUCAAUGACCGUUAUUUAAGAAAAAGAAGACUUUUCAGCAAAGAAAGUUUUUUUCGACGAUGUAAUUUCCUAAAGCUGUACUAUUGUCUUGAUGAGUGAUUUUUUAUGUGUACUAGUCUAUCGUAACAUAGAGGGGUUUUACAAUAUUAUCAAAAAUAGUUACAUUUAUUUAAGUGGAGGUUAGUCACAAUAAAGUCCUUUUCAAUGAUAUAGUCGUUGUCGAAAACCUUCAAGUAUUUCAAGUAAUAGUUUAUAAAUCGAAGGGGUAUUAUUUUAAUGUAAUUAAAGUUUACAAGUAUUUCAUAAGGAAGGUUGCGUCAUCUAACAAAGUAAUUAACAAUCAAGUGCUUAUGGUAUGUAAUAGUUGUGGAAGCAAUAAAAGAUAUUGAUCUAUGGGAUAGAAGAUAGAGAUAAGUGUCUACUUAAUAACGGAGGAGAAGCAGAUGAUAAUAAUUAGCAAUUAUAAUUUGUAAGUUGAUUACCAUGGGAGAAUAAGGGGUUGAACGUGGCUCUUCUUUACACAGAAUUCAGUAUUAAUAUGGUUAGUUACUAUAACCUCAGCUGUGCAUAAAUUCCUCAUCCAAACCUUUUUGAGGAUUUUGAACACAGAUAUGCGUGGUGGCGUGUGAACUGAAUUGACAAUGUGUUCGAGAAAUGAGCUAUUGAGUGAUUUGUAUACCCCUUUAGAUAACCAUGCAUGGUAGUGCUAGGAUAUUCGUUUACCAAGGGCUCGCUUCUUAUGGCUAACAUAACCAUCUCUACAAUAACAAGGAAACUGAGCGAUACACAUUAAGGUGAAUCGAAAUUGCAGUUUAUAUUUUACACUUACUGUAGAAAACAAUCUAAAGCCCUGCUGAAUAAAGUAUUUUCCAAAGAUCUGGAUGGUCUGUGCUUUGAUAUCUCAGGGCUAUUUUUGUUGUGUAUGUAUUAGUGGGCUUCACUGCAUAGAUUAAGCUCACUUCCAGGUAAAUGGAUAUCUAUCAGUUAACUGUGUAAGCCACUGUCCAAAAUUACUAGUUUAAUGAAAGUGGAUUGCAUAAAACUAAGGUGAAUGAUUUAGAAAUGAUCGUGUCUGAUCAUCAUACGACAGCUACUCUUGUUAGUUAGUUUCACAAGCCUCCAGUAUGACGGUUGGUUGGUGUUAACAGGGGCUGUCAUUGCAUCAGAUUAACUGUAAGGGUUUGUGUGGUCGUGAAGAUAGGUACAAAUGUUUGGUGUUCUAGCGUGGUUAUGUCGUAUCUCCAAAGUGAAUACUAGUUUUUUAAUGUUAUUUUGGAAUGUGGUAUCAUCGCCAGAGUGAAAUUGCAGAGGAGGAAAUUAAGAUAGUCAUUGUUUUAUGAUGGAUUUAGUGAUAGACGAACAAGGCUUCUGGUUAUUAGAACAGAACACUGAUCGACAAAUGAUGUGCAGUGACACGAUGUGACAGGGUGAUGUCUUCUCAUGAGACCAGAUUGUUGACGUAACUGCCGAAUGAACAGAUAUGAGAAGAUAAAUUAACUGUACAGCAGAAUAAGUUUCUCACUGAAUAGUACUUUAACACAUUUCACACAGAAGUAAUAUGACUAGACUUCAUGAACUUUUGGACAGUACCAAUUUCGUAGGUAGCUCACUCCGGUGAAUUCGGACUUAACAGUUCUGUCUAAUUUUCGUCUAACUUGUCAUUGUCAUGAUAGGUCAUCUGAAUUGGUAGGACUUGGGAAUUAGUCAAUCGACACGCAACAUCACUAUUGAUAGCAUUAAUAUUUCGACUCGUUAGCUAUUGAUCGUCUUAAGGUUCACCUUGGUCUGUUGAUGUUGUGUUAAGUUGGGCUGUCGAACAUAUGUAACAACCUGUACUUUGAUUAUAAUCCGCUGUCUGUGACAAAGUAGAAUGGUACGGAUCUAACAUUCUUGCCAAAUACUUCGUAUUUCCUGUUGAUUUCUGAUAGUCUAGCGUAUAACCAAUCUAAUUUACACUGUAGUGUUCGAUUAGGAAACGUUAGAAAAACGAACCUAUAUUUCAACGAAAUCCGUUUGAAGUUAUCUCAAGUAGCAUGACGAAGUGAUUGGCACGUAUAAUAAGACUGGUGGUUAGUUAAUUUUCCAUACUAACUAAAUAUAAUCUCACUUAAUUUUCACCUCAGUCAAUUGCAACACAUAUUUUGAUAAAUUGUCUAAUCUACGAGAUGCAAAUGCAUUUCCGUGCAUCAAUUUCGGAAUCAUGCUCAAUUUAUCUCAUAUAGUGAGUUGAAAAUAUAUUUGUCAAAAAUAUAGGCAAAAGAGAAGAGCAUCAGUGGUGUAGAUACGUAUGUAUCAGAGUUAUCGUUGGCAUGAUCUCGUUCUGUUUGCCUAUUAACAUGAAUUCUUCGUCAGACGCAUAACAACUGUGUAAUUUGAUAUUUUGUGUUUGUACAUCUCCCUAUGAGUGCCUUAGUUGUACAACUUGAAUUAUUAUUCGUUCUAAUAACUAGUGCAACAAAACAGGUGACAGUCAAUUGAAUCAUUCUGACUUCUCGAUAACUCUGGUAAGAUCUGAUAACAAACCGUAUGAGAGUGUCAUAGUAUUAAAUGUAAUCGCUUUGGUUUAUACAUGGUUAUGUGUCUUGUUUGUGAUUGUUAUCCACACAUAUGUUGAGAUGAUGUCAUGUGUGUAGUUCCGAUAUUGUUAAUUAGAAUCAUCAACACAGUGUCUUCAGCUAAUAUAGAUCUUUAUUCUAUUUAUCAACUAUGACACACUGGAUGUGAGAAUAAUGAUAAGUAGUAGGACAUCGGGAAUGGGAUCGAUAUAUAUUCAUUAGUUGGUUGGUCAGAUAAUAUCCUGUAAUGAGCGAACUUUGAAAUUUUUGAAUAAAGUAUCUGGUUUGAUGACUAGGUUCAAGGUAGCGAAGUAGUGAUGUGGGAAAUUCUACGCUACACUUACCAUUAUUGACGAAAUAUCUGUGAUGGACUUCGUGCAUAGUUUAAAAUGUAUCCAAACUUCUAACAACUGUAUAUUUUCAGCUUUCAUUUGUGUUCCUCAGGAUCGAUCAUGACUAAAUUCGUUAAAAACAUGGUCAUAGUUGUGACUAUGAAAUCAAUUCAUGGUACUCGAACUAUAGAACUAGCGAGUAAUUUAUUGUUAGCAUACUCUUCGUUUAAGGUGAAUUAAUAUCAAUUUCAAAAGUAAUUAUUCUACACAGCGCUUUUUGUAGAGAUAAUCCUGAUGUAAAGUAUUUUGUAGAUAGAUUAUACUAUUCAACAAACUGUUUUCUGGUUUCAAAACGUAAAACCUAAUGGUUUGAAUAGUUGGCGAUUCAGUUAAGUAUAGAUGGUUCAAAUAUAGAUAUCUAGAUUAGUAUUAUGUUUAGUGACUAUUUUAAAUAGCGAUUAGAAACGGUAGAAUGUGUGGGUAGCUGAACCUUCAGACAUCCAGUAUGAAUUGGAGAGCUAUAACAUCUUAAUUUGGUAAAUUGUGCACGUUUGUUUAGUUUCUGCAGAAAUCCUCGUUUAGUGGGAGUUUUCCAAUGUGAAACAUUGAAGAAUAAAUAACCUGGAGAUGAUUUAUUUGGGGUGGAUCAACGAACCAAUGAUAUUAUUUUGAGGAUACACUUCGAAACAUUUGCCUAUAAGAGAUCCGAGAAAAUAAUAUUUAACCAAAUUACUGGUCCAGGUGAACAAUUUAUUUAUGAAAUGACUGAAUGUAUUUUGGCUAUCAGAUCUUGCUUUCAACUGAUUACUUAAUUAAGAUAAAUAGACGUACUUAUAAGUAAAUAAAUAAUAUCACGAGUGUGUAAUGUAAACUAAUGAACUUUACGUAGAUGUUAUUACAAAUACAUUUUUGUAUUGUUUAAAUUAAUUAUGGUUGAUUAGUAUGUUGGAAUGCUUGUGAAGUGUUAGAAAACAGAUUUAUACGUGAAUAUAUAUCUGGAUUAUUUCAGAAAAAUUAAAAUAUAUUGAGUUUUUGAUACUAUGAAUCCCGUAUGCUUAGAAAGCAUUUCUGAAAAUGAUUUGUCUUCUUUACAAAGAUUUUACAGACUUCAUUCCACCCACAUAAAUAAUUAAUGAAAGAAUUCACAUACGCAAUUAAGUUUCCGUAUGAAUAAAUUAAAAUAUACUUGUUUUUCUAUGCAGUAUCAAUUUCACAUCACUAUAUUUAAUGAAAAUUACACAAAAGGAAUGUCGUGAUUAAACGUCUGCAGCUAAUUCAACUAGAACUUCAUAUCAAGUUUACUUUUAAUCCAUUUUAUUUUGCAUGUAAAUAAUCCUUGAAAUAAGAUGGUGGAUGGAGGUAGUGAACAGGAGUUUCUGAACCUACGUUUCGUGCUAGCAAACAGAAGCCGUUAAUUAGUAACGCCCUAUCAUGUACAGAUAUGUUUGAUUGUAUUUUACUACGUAGUAACGCCUGGUGACUGAUAUUUCCUGUAAUAACAAUGUGAAAGUCUAACAUUGUUUUCAUCCAAGUAGUUAGAUUUAGAUAAAUCAAUCAUAAAUCGAUUACUAUGUGUAUUAUCGGUUAUCAUUUUGUUGUCCUUACUUAAAGAUAAGUUUGUAUCUUGUUAUUAUAUGUCAUAUGAGUAAACCACGUUGGAAGAUUACAUUAAUUUCGGUGCCUCCAGUGAAACUUAAAAUACAGUUUGUCACUUCUUGUUCACCACACAAUUGUGUCAAUCAGAUGAAUUCAAAAAUAUGCAUAGAGAUAAUAUACCACUGUUUUUUUCUAAAUUGGAAAGUCGUCGGUAAUUACUUUUUAAAUGAAUAGAUAGAACAAGAAAAUAGGGUUCUGUGGCCAUUAUGUCGAAAGCUAUUACAAAAAAACUGAAGAAGCAGGAUACUUCUCAUGUUUAGAAAGGGAGGUGAAGUAUGCAGAAAAGUCUUGACUGACAAUUAGAAAAUAACAUGCUAAGAUGACAAAUAAGGUGGAAAUAAGGAUUAUAAACAUUGCCAAGUAACUGAUUUCGUGUGCACUUUUGUUUAGAAAACUAAAUCUAAGAUAUAUAACAGGUAAAGACUUUUCCAGCUGACUUAAGCUUACACGCAAUAACUCAGCGCGAAUAGUAGGUCAUGAUUAAUUAAAGUGUUUCCUUAUAUUACAUUGGAUGCAAGGACUCAAAAAUGGUAGAAAUUGUUCAUUCACCCGACUGAUGUAGUACUGUAACUGCAAUUCACUUAACUUUUCAACACUUCCUCCCGGUUUCUCCCACCCGUACUCACAGAUGCCACUGCAAGUUCUUUCCUUUCAAAAAAAAUUCUUAAUGAGCUAAUUUUUAUAAACAAAAACACUAAACACAGCGUUGUAAUCGAGUACGAAUGCCCAUGUGCGUGUACUAGAAGUAUUGAAAACAGAGUGAAUAACACCAAAAUGAAAAUCGCAUGCAAAAGUAAGCACCUUAUUUAAGAAAGUCAGAAACCAUCAAUUUAACAAAAUGAAAUCAUUGGCAAUAUAUUACUGAUUAAAUACGGUUUAAAUCAAUUUGGUAUACAGAAUCAAAAGUUCUUAAAAAGAACAACUGAGCUACAGGAACCAAUAGAAGAAAGGAUCAGGGAUAAUUGGAAUUUAUGGUUUCACAUUAGAGGCGAAAAGUCUCAUUUGAAUGGUAAGAUGAUUCGAAUGCCUGACCCCAAUAGAAGCAACUGAACAGUCCUCAAGUAUUGUGUGACAAACAAAUAAGAGACAUUAAGCGCGAAAUAUAUUGUAUAUCUAGGUGGGAGGUUAAGUAAUGUUACACAUAAUAAACGAUCAGAAUUAAAAUAUGUCGUCAUCCAAUAACUGAAAGAUAGUGGGAAGAUAAGUUCUAAAUAAAACACAUGUGCACCAGUACUCUGGAUUACAAGUCGUAAUUCUCGUUUCAACUAAAAUAAUGGCAAUUGUUGGUACUUGGUUCAACUCAAUCGGUCAUUUAUUUAUGGAGCUAAAAGACUAAAACUAGUGAUAAAUACAUUUAAGGCGAAUAGCUUACCCCAAUAAUUAAAAACAAAUGAUGCUGAGAAAGAAGAUUUAUUAGAUAAACUGUGAAGUCGACUACCAAAGAUACCAGAAAAUCCAAUUCAAACAUUUUUUCCCAUGCCACUGACAGUGAGUAAUAGUGGAAGCUCAGAUUUACUGAAUGUGUAGCUAUGUAUGUGGCGAGAUUAAGCAUUGCUUUUGUUUACUAACCUUCACACUUAUUUGUCUUGUUGAAAUGAAUUCCAAAGUCGUCGAAAACACAAGAACAAUCAAGAUCACACCAUGCUACUGAAAUAUGAGUGCGUAGGUGGUAAGUUACAGGUUUUUGACGAGGUACCUCUGGUAUUUUGGCUCUAAUUAUUUGUAUGUAUAAUAUCAGACUAGACAGCCAUAAAAAAUGUUCUGAUCAGUUCACUUUGAACAACACAAUCAAAUAUUUUAAAAUGUAGUUCAUAUCUAACCACGUAGGUCAUCUGACUCGGUAAUACAAUAGUCCUAAUUAUUCGGAGUUCAUUUCACCAAAUUAUAAACUCACUAAUUUUCAAUAAUUGUCAGGCUGAAGUCGGUUUUCGAUACAAACUAUUCACAGACACCCAAAGAAAGUUUUGUUUGGUGGGACCGGAAGUUAUUUGGUAGAAAGCUUCUGUCGUUCAUCGUACUCCAAAAUGAAAUUCUUCCCAGCUAAUCUUGUAUAUGUUCCUAGGCAAUUCACGUCGCUACCCCAACAACCGUUGACGAUGCGAUGUGAGAAGACCGAACGAGAGGAGUAUUGGACAAAUGUAUUCCAGGUAGAUGUCAGAUGCAGACCAAACUCACGAAGUGUGCGAAGAUAUACUCAUCGAAGGAAGGUUGUAGAAGAUUCUCAAUUCAUCCUGCAACAUGCAAACAAACGCUGAAAAUGUACGGUUGUUAAAAAUAUUAACACAUGAUAAUCGAUUCAUGCAGCUGAGCUAUCACAGAUAAAUGAAUAGUAAUGGUAAAAAAGUGUGGCGUAGAAUUUCCCACAUCACUACUUCGCUACCUUGAACCUAGUCAUCAAACCAGAUACUUUAUUCAAAAAUUUCAAAGUUCGCUCAUUACAGGAUAUUAUCUGACCAACCAACUAAUGAAUAUAUAUCGAUCCCAUUCCCGAUGUCCUACUACUUAUCAUUAUUCUCACAUCCAGUGUGUCAUAGUUGAUAAAUAGAAUAAAGAUCUAUAUUAGCUGAAGACACUGUGUUGAUGAUUCUAAUUAACAAUAUCGGAACUACACACAUGACAUCAUCUCAACAUAUGUGUGGAUAACAAUCACAAACAAGACACAUAACCAUGUAUAAACCAAAGCGAUUACAUUUAAUACUAUGACACUCUCAUACGGUUUGUUAUCAGAUCUUACCAGAGUUAUCGAGAAGUCAGAAUGAUUCAAUUGACUGUCACCUGUUUUGUUGCACUAGUUAUUAGAACGAAUAAUAAUUCAAGUUGUACAACUAAGGCACUCAUAGGGAGAUGUACAAACACAAAAUAUCAAAUUACACAGUUGUUAUGCGUCUGACGAAGAAUUCAUGUUAAUAGGCAAACAGAACGAGAUCAUGCCAACGAUAACUCUGAUACAUACGUAUCUACACCACUGAUGCUCUUCUCUUUUGCCUAUAUUUUUGACAAAUAUAUUUUCAACUCACUAUAUGAGAUAAAUUGAGCAUGAUUCCGAAAUUGAUGUACGGAAAUGCAUUUGCAUCUCGUAGAUUAGACAAUUUAUCAAAAUAUGUGUUGCAAUUGACUGAGGUGAAAAUUAAGUGAGAUUAUAUUUAGUUAGUAUGGAAAAUUAACUAACCACCAGUCUUAUUAUACGUGCCAAUCACUUCGUCAUGCUACUUGAGAUAACUUCAAACGGAUUUUGUUGAAAUAUAUGUUAGUUCGGUUGUAUGUAUGUCGGCAGGGUGAAAUGUCUUUUCAACAGAUAUUUUCAGUCAACGUAUUUGGACGAUCAAUAUAUUUUUGGAAAUUAUUUUGUGUAUCAGCUACAAAGAAGCUAUACUUUAUGUAACGAUCAAUUAUAUACGUCAGUGGAUUGAGAAAUGUUUGAUAGUGAUUUCAAUUGUACUGAUCAUAUUUCGAGUUAUAUGACAUGUUAUACAUUCUUUAUGAGCAGUUUAAAAAUACCCACAGAAUAGUAAAAACGAAAGAAUAUUUGAGAGUGCAACUGUUUUCAAUAACCUAAUUAUCAGACUCUACAUUUAUCGGUCCAUAAUAAAUGUUAUAUUUUACAAGGCCAAAAUAAGUCAUACAUUAGUGAGUUUGACGAUAUGUUGGAAAUGGUGAACUUUUGAAUCUGUUAUGACAUUCUUCAAACUUGUGUUAUUUGUAAAUUUGAAAGGUCAUUUAAUAAAGGUCAGAAUAAUUUGUAGUAGUAUCAGGUUAUAAUCAAUAUUUCGAAAGUGUAAUAAAAA